AAACUUGUAAUGCAAGAAUUUUUUCCCAUAAAUUAAACGUCACAAAAUAUGGAAGCACAUAUAGAAAGAGGUCAGUUACUUGCUAUUACAAGACUAUAUGAUGCAGCACUCAAGGGAGACGUACCUUCAUUGCUCCACUUGCUCGGUGAAGAUCCACUUAUCCUCGAUCGAUGCAUCAUUGGAAAAUCGGGAAGCUUUAUGCAGUCACCAUUACAUUUAGCGGCUAAUUUUGGGCAUGUAAACUUUACCGAGGAAAUAAUAAAGCAAAAGCCAGAACUAGUAGAGUUGGUUGAUCAAAUAAAAAGAUCAUCACCCCUACACAUUGCAUCUGCCAAAGGGAACUUGCAAAUCGUCGAAAUCUUGCUUACGGUGAAUCCGAGCAUUUGCUACACACAUGACCAAGAUGGUAAGACGCCUGUUCAUGUAGCUGCCAUAAAUGGUCAAAUUGAAGUGCUUACAACUCUUCUCAAGGUUGAGCCACAAGCGGCUUGGGAGCGAACUAUUGGUGGUGACACUGUUUUGCAUUUGUGUGUGAAACAUAAACAACCAAAGGCUUUGAGUUUUUUGGUAAAAACGAUGGAUGAUGGCGAGUUGCUUAACUUCGAUGAUGCCGUUGGUAAUACCGUCUUGCACCUAGCUGUGGCUGCCAAGCAAUCCGAGAUGGUAGAAUUUUUACUUAAACAUCCAAAGAUAAAAAAAAAAUGCUAUAAGCAAAAAAGGAUUGUCAGCUGUGGAUAUUCAUAAGCGAAGUCGGAAGGAUGGGAUACAAGAUGAACAGCUAUGGCAACACCUCAAUCGCGCCAAUGCAUUACCCGCAAAGGAAGCACUAAAACCCAAGAAAGACCGUGCUUGGUUGGAGGACCAGCGGACAUCCCUUAUGGUGGUGGCAUCCUUGAUCGCAACCAUGGCCUUCCAAGCCGGAAUCAAUCCCCCAGGAGGCGUUUGGCAGGAUGAUACUGGCCAUGUUGCAGGAACUGCUAUAUGGUCAGAUACUUAUGAUACUGCUUUUAGUUUGGCACUAAUUAGUAACACAAUAGGACUAAUAUCAUCACUAAGUGUCGUCCUUCUCCUUAUCAGCGGCCUUCCAUUCAAGCGAUAUUUCUUGACAUUUUUAAGGAUAACCUUGUGGAUUUCUGUCUCGACAACAGCGUCUACUUACUUGUUCUCGGUAUCUAAUUUUACUUACGGCGGAAUUUGGGCUGCUAUAAUUAUAAAUAUCUGUCUCUUAGCAUGGCUAGGGUUACUGGGAUUUGUGCUCGUUGGACAUGUUGUGCGAUACAUGUGGAAGAAGAUUAGUUGGCCAAAGAAGCAAUCAAUAAUAAAGUUUUGCAAGAGGUGUUAUCCAUGGUCAAAAACCACUACAAAUGUAUCAAAUAUAAGUAAUCAUGUAUAAUAGUCAAAACUCACUAAUGUGUGUCAGUCACAAUCCAUCUUAAGCUUUAGCUUUUUGUAGCUUUACAUUCUACACGUAUUAAUAUAAAUAAUCAGUUGCAAUUGGCUUAUCUUAAUUUAUAAUGAUACCGCUCUUAUCUACUACGUAAUUA